GGAAACAUUUGCUCGACACAGAAUCGAUGCACUUCUGAUAUUACAAAAUAAGAGUCGUCUUCAAUAUGUGUUAAUAAAAAAUAAAAAAAACUUAAGAAUUGCGUGUUUUCCGUUGAAGUAUCUUUCAAGUGUAAUGUGUAAGAUAUAUAUACUUCUUCAGACCAGUGGGGUGUAUGAGUAGCCCAUGUUUAGAUGGACUGCUGUGUGCUCACCAACCAAAUUGCUUCCGGUGUUUAGUGGGCUUGCUGUUGCUGUCUGAGGAAGUAGGAAAAACUCCACAUGAAAUAAUGUAUCAGCUUGGGAUUUUGCGGGGGUUUCGGCGUCUGCCAAAAAAACAGCAACAGAUCAUCAGAAACCUUCAAGUUGCUGUUCGUCCGACAUUACACAACAAUGUGAAUAUCUGCCAAUGUCAUGCUCUACUCUUAAGAAGGCGGGAACAUUUGCUGAAUGAGAACCGAGGGUCAUUUUUGAAAGUCCAUGCGGAAAAGGUCCUGCCAUAUUGUGCUGUUAGAUGUAUAACCCCUUACCAGUCGAGUGUGAAGAUGGAGAACUGAUCUACACGGGCAACUUGGGAAAAGCUGUCCUUGGUGUGAAGUUUUUCUCCUACUCCAGCAGUAUGUUUAGUCUCUGUGUGGUGCCGUAUGUCCUAAUGAAAACAGGCAUUGAUGUAAACAGCUUGGCACUGCAGGUGGCGUUUUGUGGCAUUAUAGGUUUCUUCACAUUUCUUACUCCUGUUCUCCUCCACUUGAUCACCAAAGGCUAUGUAGUACGUCUGUACCACAACAAGGAGACAGACAUGUACACGGCCAUCACUUACAGCGCUCUUCUAGUGGAGAAACAGACGGUCUUCCAUCAGAGAGAUGUCAUUAUUCCCAAUGUCAGUCGGAUGUUCACCAGUUUUUAUGCCAAGAAACACUCAAUGCUGGUUAACCCAAUGCUUUUUCCUCUGCCCCACGACUACAACCACCUCAUGGGUUACGAUCAGCCCUUCUCUUUUGACACAGAUGACUUGAACAAGCCAGAUUAAUGUUAACUUGUCCAAGCUAAAUAUGCCCAGUGUUAGUGGACAAUCCAAAAUGUCUUUUCAUCAUCAUGGACUACUGUUAUGUAUUAAAUAUCAGCAGGCUGGCAUGUCAUCCAGUAUAGUUGUGAUGCAACAAUAGUGUAAAUAAAUGAAAAUUCAUAUUUAA